ACGAGAGGCGAGCUGUGUGCGGACUGUACCGUGAGCCUUGGAGUCCUGCACUGAACCAGACAGAGUUAUGUACUGUGCUCAUCCUGUCUCUGGCACAGGCAACAACUCAUUGAUGUAUUGCUACAACAUGAAACCAGUUUAUGAGCAGUCUCCCACUAAUGACGACAUCAACCAGAACUCAUCCUUUCAUCCAUCCGUCAAGGCCCCCAGCAAUGUGUUUGCAAGCACCUUCUUUGAGGGGACGAGCAAUUCGCCCGACAUCUGGAACGCUGUAAAUGGUCUGAACCAGCAGGGCUAUGAAGGUGCUUUGGGAGCAGCCACAACCCACCAAACACAGCUGGGGAGCUACAGCAAUCUGCAACCACAGCACAAUCACCUGGACUACUCUCCUCAUUCAGUGAUGGUCGCUGAUAUGAACAGGGGUCUCCCACCAAUGUCCACUUUUCACCGCAAUAAUAUAGUACCACGCAAUGCAUCAGUCAACACCUCAGAGAAUUCAACAGUCUCAGGGAGCCAGAGAAAUAUGUCAGGAGGGUCACAGACAGGUGAUACCUUGGGCAAAGCUCUGGCCUCUAUUUAUUCCCCCGAUCACACCAGCAGCAGCUUCCCCUCCAGUUCAUCCACACCGGUGAGGUCUCCGUCCCCGCUGCCGAAUGCGUCUGAACCUGGAGGUGCCAACAUGUGGCCCCGGAGUUCAGCUCAGGCACCAGUCUCACCACACUAUGAGUCUUCACUUAUAUCACUGUCUCAGGUGGAGGACCGACUGGACAGAUUGGACGAUGUGAUCCACGUACUGAGGAACCACGCUGUGGGCCCCACGGCCGGUCUGCCCACUGACAUCCACGGCCUACUGAACCAGACCCACCACAGCCACCCGGGAUCUGCCAGCACUCUACCGCUCACCUGUCACACUCCAGCCAUGGUUGAAGCUGUCAGUGUGAACAACAACCAGUCAACCUUCCAGAGCCGCACCCAAAAUGGCCACCUGUACCCAGCCAGGCAGAGGGCCACGCUUCAGCCCAUGCAAGCUGGAGGCAGAGGCGGUCUGGGAGUUCAGGGUAAUCUGGAGCUGAAGAUGGAAAGCGGGGAAAGGGAAGAGAUGAUGCACACCAAUCACAGCCACAGCUCUGACAGCCAGAGAUCAGACGAGGAGAGUGAACACAAAACACAAGGCGAGAACAGCGGCGGGAACAGUAUUCAUGAGGAUGAGGACCUGAGCCCGGAGCAGAAGGCCGAACGAGAGCGCGAGAGGAGGAUGGCCAACAAUGCCCGUGAGCGUCUGCGUGUGCGGGACAUCAACGAGGCCUUUAAGGAGCUGGGCCACAUGUGUCAGCUGCACCUGAAGAGCGAGAAGCCACAGACCAAGCUGCUGGUCCUGCACCAGGCCGUGGCAGUGAUCCUCAGCCUGGAACAACAAGUCAGAGAGAGGAACCUGAACCCGAAGGCAGCGUGUCUGCGGAGGAGAGAGGAGGAGAAGGCGUCUGCAGUCAUGACGGAUGCACAGUCCAUGCAUCUCGCUUUCCAUCCCAGUCUGACAGACCCGGCAAACCCCAUGGGCCACCUCUGAGCAUCAGAUGAUGUCUACAUCAAAUCCAGCAUCAAAAUAUGAAACCCUGGCUCAAAUUUUUAUCAAAGAUAAACUUCAGCCACUCUUUUAAAGAUCCUGUUGAAACGCUGGUGACAAAAUGUUAAUGCUACCAAACCACGAUGUCUGAGAUGAGGCCGGUUCUUAAUUACUAAUAUCUAUAUAAAAGGUCUCAUUUUGCCAUGAUCCCUGACGUCGCUGUGUCUUUGACGUCCAGAUGUUGAGUGAAGAACAUCCCAGGUGCAGUCCAGUGUGUCUUCUGAAUUUGGACCAGACCAGCGGGGAGGCGGACCUCUCUGUUUGUAAAGUGUGAUGCAGUUGAACAAUCAUCUCCUCACUUCCCGUACGGACUUCUAACUUUUGUGCCUACACUUUAAUCGUAAACAGACAAAUGCAUUGUAAGCUGCAGAUGUUUUGUACAUAUUUUGUAUAUUUAUUGAUUAUCUGUCUGUUUGAAUAUAUCUGAAAGGAUGAAACCCAGUAGUGAGAGCAGUGUUUCUGACUGACUUUUACAGCGAAUCACUAUUUACCACGUACACUCGUGAUUUCCACCGAGCUCAGAGGACAUUCCCACAUUUGUGUGUUCAGACAACGGAUUUCAUUUGUCCUGUGGUGUGUGUGUGUGUGUGUGUGUAUGUGAGCGAGUGUGUGAGCUGUUUUCUCUCUCUCUCUCUCUCUGUCUGUGUGUGUGUGUUGCAGGGGUUCGACCAUUCUGUGAAUGAACAGAUCUCCAAGAAUGUUCUUUAACGCGUGGGCAUCGUCUGUUAUUUGUAAAUUUGUUUCAGAUGUGUUAUAGCACUGUUAUUACACUUAAUGAUACACUGGUGGACGGGAUCCCUCUGCUUCCCUCAGUGUAUUGAUUGCUCUUCAGAUGUAGUCGAAGCUCUUUGCAUGUUUGAGUUUUCAAUAGAAGUUUUCAGCUUUUUUCUAAGUUAUGUAACUUAUCUUUUAUACAAAUACUGUGGAUUUCAUAAUGUCUCUACUUACUUUUACCAUUCUGAUUUCACACCAGAAUACCCUUUUCGUGCAGUUUCACUAGACGUAGCCACAUUUCAUGCUCUGAGCAAUACAGUAUUACAGAAUAAUUGAUGUCUUGUUUGCUUAUCACACCGCUGAACAAAUAAUAAAUAAUAAUCAAAAGUAAUCUCAAAUACUCCUAUCAUACCAUGUACAGUAUGUGUACAGUUUGAAGUAGCCUACAGGCAUGUGUCAA